UGACCCUCUAAGUGAGACACAGGUCAGACAGCCUGAAAUCAAUCAGUGACCAGGCCAGGGCAGGGUUGAGGCACGCUGUGAGCUGUUUGGUGUUCAGUCUUGCUAUGGAGACGUUGGAAGUUUAUUUGCCAUUAAUGUUGACGUUGUAAUGUCAGUAACUCACAGGACCUGCAGUGCAUAAGAACAUCUCCAGGAGCCGAAUGACCAUCUACCUCUGUUAACUGAGAUUAAGGCUGAACUCUCAAUGAAGGUACCCCAGAUACUUCUUCAGAAGCCAUCCUCUAUUAUGGAGAGUGAGGUCCAAAACUACCUGUGUGCAGCCAUAUACAGCGAGAGGUGCAAGUGCUGGGACAAGACCGUCGAAGAAUAUGGAAAACUUCUGAAAAACGUACAAAUAUUUUCCAAGAAUGCGGACCUGGAACCUAGUUACAACCAACUGCUCUAUGAAAGCUAUAUCCAUUUAGGAAUAGCUUUUCAGAACUUAAACCAACACAGAAAAGCCAUACACCAGUAUAACAAAGCGUUGCAAGCGUCUUACAUCGGAAAGAAAGUGUGUACUGUUGGCUGCAUUAACGGAUCCUGCCUUGAAACGCCAGUAUUAGCGAGAAGAGCAUUCGCCCUUGUGAAAUGUGGUGAAAUGAAGGAAGCACGGAAGGACGUUGAGAGGGCCAUUGCUCUGGAUAUUUCCAAUCCUGAUGUUUAUUGCAUCCGGGCUCUGGUCUGGAAUACAUUGCACGAGGAAGAGAGAGCUAUCAAGGAUUUGAAUCACGGUCUGUGGCUGAACCCUUUCCAUUGGUGUUCACGAAUCUUAAAAUACAACAUCCAAAAAGGCAUCGCGUCGGAAGACAGCACCUGUUCUGCACGUAAUAAGAAGAUAGAGAAGGCUCUGAAAAUCCACUGUGGCUCCAGCAGGUAUCUGGCUGUAAAGGAUUUCAACAGCCCUGAAAUAUUGUUGUUUUAUGACAGGUUUCUGUGGUCUCUAAAUGUGCCUCACACCGUGAUGGCUGUACGGCUACCACCCGCUGAUGUAUCAGUACAUGAUGCUUUAACCCAUUCUAAGAGAACCACAUCAGCCGAUGCAAAGCAGACUAAUGAAGAAAAGGGAGUGUGUCAUAGAGUCCAAAGCAAGCCCUUUUUUCGUUGUGGCUUUGCAACUACUUACUCAAACAAGUAUGGACUUGAAAUGAGAAUUAACUAUGGUGAGGCCCUGAGAUCACAAAUGAGGGGGCUCUGCAGACCAAAAACAUAUUCAAGUAAACACUUAGCUAAAACAGCUGCUGUCUGUUCAGUUACAGCAGAAUCAGAAAGAAAUUAUUCAUUUUCAUCCAGCGGUUUCCUUUCAAGCCAUCAUAGAAGUCCAGCAAGAAUGUAUGAAAGACCAUGGGAAAUUAACAAGAGGAAUCUGUAAGAAAAAACACCACUCACUGCACGUUUGUCUGGGUUUUUCUUUGUGUUUCACCUUGUGGAUGACAAAGAAGUAAUAAAAAUAAACCUCAAAAUCAAACUUGUCACAUGAAAAA